AUGAAAAACUCCAAUAGGACGAUAGCCAAUGACUGUCCAGAGAGUUCUCCUUGGCCAUGCCGAUCACCCAAUUUUUGUCUUUCAUUUGAUUUUAUUUGUGAUGGAGACCUCGACUGUCCUGAUGGAUACGAUGAAGAUCAAGAGAUGUGUACAGCAAAACAAAGGCCUCCUAUUGAAUACCUGUAUCGUUUUAUCAAGCGUUACCAAGACUGGCUGAUACCGGAGUUUCUGGGCGAGGGAGAACCGUUUGAUCUGGCCACAAAACUCGUUGAAAGUCCUUCAAUUGAGGACUACGCAAAGUCUGCCCGUCUGGCGCAACACCAAUUGGCCAACCUUCGGAGCCUCAUUGAGGGCGUAGUUCAACGCAAGGAGAUGCAACUGGUGCUCCUUGGAAUGCCCCUGGGCGCAUGGUCGGAGCUUUUCUACCUCUUCGACAGAAUCGCCAGAAGUGGAUUUGUUGACUCCGUGGAGCUAGAUUGA